UCCUGGAGCGUCGGGAGCCUCUUAUAGUGUGGACCAUCUCAGCUCGCCUCAGUUGUGAUGGUACUGCUAGCAUGGUGAUGCUCCUUCACCUCCACCUACAACUACAACCACCAUUGCUACACCUACAAUCACCACCACCCGCUCGCCUGACUUCUAUAAGAGCAUCGCGUGUGUGGGGCAGAACAACUCAGCAAGGGUGAAGUAGAUAUUGAUAAUGAACUCUCAGAGCACCUCCACAACCAGCCUAGCAUGGAGCAUCACCAGUCUUGACACUGUAGAAACAGCAGUACACACGCAAGAACGCAAGACGGAACAAUAUGAAGACUCCAAGGAACAAGGACAAACAGAGACAAAGUCUGAGAGAAGAAUACGACUGUUGGAACAGGCACUGAUCUGUUUCUUGGCAAGCUCAGGCAUGUGGACAAUGGGGUCUGUAAUAGCCUACCCAUCUGUGGUGUCUCAAGACUUAUCUUCAUACAAUACAACCAUCUAUGGCUCACCCAUUGUCCUCACCAGCCUUCAACUGGAUGCCUUAAGUGGUUUAGCAGCUCUAGGGUGUCUUCCUGGGUCAUGGCUCAUAGGAGCAGUGAUGGUUGUGUUGGGUCGUCGCUUCAGCAUGAUGGUGAUCGCUGUGAUGGCCAUGCUUAGCUGGCUUGGUGUGGCCCUCCUCCCUUCUGUUCCGGGUCUCCUGGUAGCAAGGUUUGUGUCUGGGGCAGCAGCAGGAGGGGCUAGUGUCUGCAUCAACACAUACAGAGCCGAGGUAACUGACGUCCACUGGAGAGGUACUUUGUCCGUCAUAAUCAACCUUGGCGUCCAGUUUGGUCAGCUGGUGACGAUGGCUGUGGGCUACAAUGCUCGCUACUUUACAGUGGCCUUUGUCAACAUUGUCAUUCCUAUGGUACUCCUCCUGAGUGUACUCUGGCUACCCGAGAGUCCAUCUUUCCUCAUCCUCAAAGGUCGGGAGUCGGAGGCGAGGGAGGUGCUUCUGAGGCUGCGGGGAAAAUACAUCAAUCUGGAUCAAGAGUUGAACACAUUCCGUGAAAUGAACGAUGCCCAUAAGAAACAGUCAGUGUGGAAAGGUUUGCGCCUUGAGGUUCUCCAGUCACUGGCUAUCGUCACUACUCUGUUUAUCUUCCAGAGCUUCACAGGUUACAUGGUUGUCAACAGCAAUGCCUCGAGGAUGUUUGCAGAGGCUGCCUCAAGUAUCAGCAAAAACUUGUGCUCAAUCAUCAUUAUUAUUAUACAGAUUGUAGCAGGCGGCUUGGCAUUCUUCCUCCUUGAUACCAUUGGUCGUAAGAAGAGUUUAAUGCUGUCAUUCAGCAUUAUGCUUGUUGCACUUGGCAGCAUGGCUCUCUAUGUGUGGAUAACGACUUGUAAGGAAGUUCUCACCCGUGUGUAUGGCUGGGUUCCUCUUGUCUGCCUGAUGACUUCACAGGCUGGAGUGACCCUGGGUGUCCAGCCUGUUCCCUUCCUCCUCAUGAGCGAGUACUUCCCUACAUGGAUUCGCCCUCAGGCUACAAGUAUCUGCUACUCUCUGGCAACGUUAUUUGGGGUGGCUAGCCUGCAACUCUACACACUCAUGCUGGAAGGCUUUACACAGUCCGGCCUCUACCUCUUUUAUACCUCUGUGUGUUUCUUGGGGAUCCCUUUCACCUUCUUCUUCAUUAGAGAAACCAAGGGACUGAAAAUUGGUUGAACGUCUUCCAUGCUGCAACACGCUGCAACUUAAAUGAAUCACUGGCCUUUUGAGUGUCAUGCUGAAGGUCAAGUAAUGAUGCUGAUACCAGUGAGGACAGCAACUGCUAACUACCUCGGUAAUGACUACAGUAUAUUGGUUCAGAGAAUAGUAUUCUAUAUUGUUUACUGAUGUGCCUUAUUAUAUACAUAAAAGUACUGUAACCUUCUUAAGUAUUUAAGAAAAAAUUGUUAAUUUUUUCAAAUUGUAAGAAAAUAUUUAUUGUUAUUGUUUUUAAAUGGGUUAUGCAUUAACAUUGCCUGUCAUACCUCAUAAUAUGCCUACUUCAUUUGUUUAUAAUGCAACAUAGUAAAACACAGUACAUAUAAGAGCAGAGAAGCACCUUGGUAGGCUUACUGACCCAUACUUGCCAAGUCCUGUUCAUACCUAACAUUAUCCACCCAUAUAUGUGUGCAGCUUUUUAAAACUUGAUAUAUAUUUACUUCAGUGGUGCUAUUUGCAGUAAUGAUAAUAGUAUUUUUGUUUCCCAAGAAGAUACAUUACUUGUGAUAAUAAGUUGGUAGACAGCAACCACCCAGGGAGGUACUACCGUCCUGCCAAGUGAGUGUAAAACGAAAGCCUGUAAUUGUUUUACAUGAUGGUAGGAUUACUGGUGUCUUUUGUCUGUCUCAUAAACAUGCAAGAUUUCAGGUACGUCUUGCUACUUCUACUUACACUUAGGUCACACUACACAUACAUGUUCAAGCAUAUUUAUACACACCCCUCUGGGUUUUCUGCUAUUUUCUUUCUAGUUCUUGUUUUUGUUUAUUUCCUCUUACCUCCAUGAGGAAGUGGAACAGAAUUCUUCCUCCGUAAGCCAUGCGUGUUGUAAGAGGCGACUAAAAUGCCGGGAGCAAGGGGCUAGUAACCUCUUCUCCUGUACAAAUUACUAAAUUUAAAAAGAAAAACGAAAGUUUUUCUUUUUGGGCCACCCUUCCUUGGUGGGAUGCGGCCGGUUUGUUGAAAAGAAAAAUAAGCUAACUAUAUUUCUUACAAAGAAAUCCUGUCUGUGCUGUAAGUUGCUUAAAAUUGUUAUUUCAGUUGCUUUGCAUAUUAAGAUGUCACCUGCUUUUGUGAUCUUACUGAACGCUUUAUUUUUAUAUGAACUGGAUAUGAGCAUUGAAUUUUAAUUUAUGUAUUACAUGUGAGGAGACCCAGGAACUUACCUUCGUAUUUUGUCUUUACUCAGGAUUUAUUUAUUUUUAUAUUUAUUUGUAGGCAUUUUUUUAUUCCCAAAAGUAAACAAAUUUUUUUUUCUCUAAGGGUAAGUGUUGUCAUCCAGGUAUAGUUGCAUUCAUCUCCAAUACAGUAUAGUACAAUUCUUUUGUAAAUACUGUACAAUUCCUGUACUCUUGAGUGAUAGAUGAAGAUGCUGUGGUUUUGAGUGUCAUUUGAACUGUGAUGCCAAACCAGUGAUGGCAGAACAACUGUUUAGUGAUGCUGAGCAUGUUUCCUGUUUUGGGUCACUUUACCUUCAUGGGGAAACAAUCAGUUUAGUAAAAGCAUAUAUUCACGAGGCAACUAAAAUGCCAAGAGUAAGGUGCUAGUAACUCUUUCUCCUGUAUAAAUUACUAAAUGUAAAAAGAAGAAAAAGUUUGAGGUUUCUUGUUUUCCGAGUCAUUGUGCAUUGGUGGAAGAUGGCCGGUAUUUUGGACAAAAAAAUUAUGUACAUUUGUGUACUUGAUAGUCAGGAGGCACUGAUUCAGAGACAGGCUACUGUUGAAGCUCUCUGGAUGUGUGCAUCGUUCAGUCAGCCAGGUGAAGCACUAAUGAGCCGCAGUAACGGGAUGGAUGUCCACAGUCAAACUCAUCCCUCAUCUGUGGAAAUUUUGAUAUGCCACAGUAUACUGGUACCUAUUAAUUGAAUGGGAGGUAG